AGUGGCUCUUAGUUAGCGAUGGCUUGCCUGUGGGUCCGGUGUCCGGAGCCCGCUUUAUUAUGGCGAACGGGAGCCUCGUCUUUCCACCUUUCCGUGGAGACCAUUUCAGACCGGAUGUCCACAGCGCCACGUACCGUUGUGCAGCCAGCAACUUGGCCGGCCGCGUGUUGUCCUUGGAUGUUCAGGUCAGAGCAGUCGUGGAACAGCACUAUGAAGCCAGGGUCUACGACUCCCGGGUUCUUCCCGGAAACACCGCGGUCUUCAGUUGUCAGGUCCCUAGUUUUGUAAGGGACUUACUCACGGUUACUUCGUGGCUACAAGAUCAUCAUUUCAACAUCUACCCGACCGCUGAAGGCGACUCGAAGCACGUGAUGCUCCCGACCGGACAACUCCACGUGGUGAAUGUCGAUGUAUCGGACGGAAGGAGCAGCUACCGAUGCCGGACGCUGCACAGACUCACUGGCAGGACACAAGAGAGCAGCACUGCUGGUCGCAUUGUAAUGGCUGAGUCGAAAGGACUCGUUGCGCCACAGCUGACGGACGGGAGUCCGCCUGUCGUGAGUGGGCGUCGUGGAGAGGACAUUGUUCUGCCCUGCGUGGCCCAGGGUCUCCCGCCGCCCAGAUUCUGGUGGACCCGCGAAACUCCGGGCGCCGGAGCGGAGUCCCUGCAAGCGAACCUCGGAGGCUCCUUGUUGCUUCGCAGCGUGCAGCCGACAGAUGCAGGGGUGUACAUAUGUUUGGCCAACAGCACCGCGGGCGCAGUGAGGCAGGAAGUCAGAGUUCGCGUCCUGCCGGAAGUCAGUGCUCACAUCGUCCCCGUGAGCUUGAGGGUGGACUCCGGAGCUCGAGCGGAAUUCUUGUGCGUCACGGCCGGCACACACAUAAUUUGGCUGAAAGAUGGACAACGUAUAAUCAGGCCAGAUGAGGGUUCCCAACAUGAUGACCGCGACACCAGCGCCGCAGGGCGGCUCACUAUCGAGUCAGUUCAGCGUGAGGACCAAGGAAUGUACCAGUGCGUGGCGUCUGGUGACGGGGACAGCGUCCAGGCCACGGCGGAACUGCGUCUCGGCGCAUCACGCCCGCAGAUGCUGUACCGUUUUAUCGAGCAAACACUUCAGCCUGGACCAGACGUUUCGCUCAAGUGCAUUGCCACGGGUCAGCCAACGCCACAGAUCUAUUGGAAACUGGACGGUUUCCCUCUGCCUCAUAAUGACAGAUUCGUCAUCGGGCAGUACGUGACUGUGGCUGGUGACGUCAUAAGUCAUGUUAACAUCAGUAAAGUGGUCGUGGAGGAUGGGGGAACGUACGAAUGCGCGGCGGAAAAUCGAGUGGGACGCACGACACAUUCUGCCCCUCUCAGAAUUUACGGGCUUCCAAUAGUACGCAAGAUGCCUCCCAUCUCAGCUGUAGCAGGAGAGCCAUUGGUAGUAACGUGUCCUGCUGGCGGGUUUCCCAUCCACGCAGUUACUUGGGAGAAAGAUGGUCGUAUGUUACCUGUGAAUCACCGACAGACAGUUCAUCCGAAUGGCACAUUAACGGUAGAAAACUUGCAGAAGAGGGCAGACCAGGGUACAUACACUUGCCAGGCGAGGAACCGUCAAGGUCUGUCUGACAAAGGAAGUGUAGAUAUCAGUGUAAUGGAGCCACCCAGCAUUUAUCCAUUUUCCAUUGAGAGCGGUGUCCGGUUGGGUGAACGCUUGGGGUUGCAGUGCCUCGUAACAAAAGGAGACAUACCGCUUUCAAUCCACUGGCUCAAGGAUGAAGAUGAAGUUCUGAGCUUGGAACUCCCUGCACUCACAGUGCGCAAUCUGGGGGAGUUCAGUAGUACUCUGCUGAUAGAACAGCUGAGCGUGGAGCAUGGCGGACGCUACACGUGCCAAGCCAGCAAUCAUGCUGCCACGACUUCCCACUCGGUCAUGUUGGCAGUUAAUGUGCCCCCCGAGAUCACACCGUUCGCUUUCCCGAAGUUGGCUGAAGGGGCGCGGGUCCAGGUGGCAUGUACGGUGCACCAGGGGGAUUUACCGCUGAAUCUGACAUGGCUGAAAAAUUGGUCACCUCUCCCAAGCCACAUGCGCAUCACACCAUUCGACACAUACUCUAGCAUUGUGUCGAUGAAUAGCGUCAGGCGUGGUGACAGCGGCAACUACACGUGCGUGGCCAGCAACUCGGCAAGAGUCACCACGCACACAGCACACCUCACCAUCAGUGUGCCCCCUGAGUGGGUGGUUGAACCUGAAGACACCAAUGUGGUUGCUGGGCAGGCAGUAGCAUUGCACUGCCAGGCUGACGGCUUUCCGCUGCCUACUGUCAUUUGGCGAAAGGGACACGGUAAACUUGCUACUCAAUUUGAUGAGCUGGAAGUCUCUCUGAAAAAUGGUACACUCCUAAUUCAGGAUGUCAAGGAAGAGGAUGAAGGUUACUACAUGUGUGAGGCAAACAAUGGCAUUGGUGCUAGUCUCAGUGCUGUGGUUUUUUUAACAGUUAAUGCUUUGCCUCGGUUUGUGUUAUCUCUAAGACGGGAAGUAGUGAGACGAGGAGAAAUGGCCGCAUUGUUGUGUGAAGCAGAAGGAGAUAUGCCAAUGCAGAUAAUUUGGCAUCACAAUGGUAUUCAAAUCUCUCAUGAAUUGAAUGAAAGGUUUUAUCUGAAGGAGAGUCAUUUGGACUCUUCAGCCAUGUCACAGAUGAUGAUCCACCAUGCAGUAACUGAAGAUUCUGGAAAAUAUGUCUGCAUCGCAUCAAAUCCAUUUGGAAAGGACGAGACGGUUGUUCAACUCUCUGUUCAAGAUGUACCUGAACCACCAAUUGAUAUUCGUGUGCUGGAGUGUGGAAGUCGCGAUGUAAAACUGGCCUGGAAUGAACCACAAAAUGGAAACAGCCCAAUCCUACAUUACGCAGUAACAUCGUCACAAAAUCCAGAAGAUUUUCCGGAAAUAAAAAACAACCCUGUACUGCUGGACUUCAAGCAGGAAACAUCUCCAUCAGCACCACAGCCAUGGGCUAGGAUCACCGAUCUGCAACCAGCAACGACGUACUACUUCCGGGUGACUGCCUUCAACCAGCUUGGAGCCAGUUCCCCCAGCCAAGCAGUGAGCAUAAUGACAGAGCCCGAAGUACCAUCUGGUCCUCCUCGGAACCUCGCCGUGAUUGCAGUGGGCCCACACGCGUUGCAUGCCACGUGGAACCCACCUGAGCCGAAUGAUCGCAAUGGGCAAAUUCUUGGUUAUUACUUGGGUUAUGUACAGCUUGGGCUUGGAGUUGAAGACCGCUACAAAUACAUAACUGUGAAAGAAGAUGAUUCAAAUAGAUGGAUUCUGGAAGGGCUGCGUAGUUUCACCAAAUAUAAAGUGACUGUUCAGGCUUUCAACAAUGUUGGAGCGGGACCGGCUAGUUCCGGAGUAAUAGCAGUCACAGGAGAAGCAGCACCGUCAUCCCCACCACAUGAUGUACACUGCAGUACUGUCACAUCUCAAAGUUUGCAUAUGGCAUGGUCUCCGCCCCCCGUUGCAUCACGAAAUGGAGUUAUAACUGGCUAUCGCAUUGCAUAUGAGAAACUUUCUGCUUCAGCUGGUUUCAAAUCCCUAGAUGAUGAUACCAUCAUUUUGGAAGUUAAUAAUAAAUUGUCUACUGUAUUAGUGGAUAUGGAUAAAUAUUGUAACUACUCUGUUCGGGUGACAGCGAUGACAUCCAUUGGUACUGGACCAUGGAGUGAAUCUGUGACUUGCAUCACAGCAGAAGAUGUCCCCGAGUCACCUGCGUCUGUCAGGGUGGCCCUCAGUUCUCCCCGUUCAGCCAUACUGGGUUGGGCCCCACCAACCAGAAAUAAUGGUGUACUUACUCACUACAAUGUAUAUGAACGGGAAGUUCGUCACGGUGUACCGAAGGACCCAGUUAUUCACACUGUACCCCCAACAGGAACUCAUUAUGAAGCUGACCAGCUACGAGAGAAAAGUAUUUAUGAGUGGUGGGUGACUGCAGUGACACAUGUUGGUGAGGGACCAAGCACCCCCGUUGUGAGUCUAGCUCCCAGCUCUAGAGUCCCUGCAGCAAUUUUGUCGUUCCCCGCAAUUGUGACUUCUCCCUGGAAGACAGAUGUCAAUUUUGAUUGUCGUAUUGUUGGUAAUCCCUAUCCAGAGAUCUUCUGGACUUUUAAUUCUAACAGAAUUGAAGCUGGACAGCGCUCUGCUAUCUUCCCUAAUGGCACACUACGCCUGCAGUCUGUGUCCCCUUCUGAUGCAGGCAACUACUCAUGCAAUGUUCAUAAUAUCCAUCAUUCAGAAUUGCUAGUCCAUGUGCUUAGAGUUCUUGUUCCCCCAGCUCCUCCGACCAUAGAUAUGAUUACCGCUGGCUGGUACAAUGUGACGCUCCAGUGGGUGAAUUCUGGAGCCUCAGAACUGUUGCAUUUGGAUGGCUACAUCUUGCACUACAGAGAGGUUGGAUCAGUUCAGAAUCGGUGGAUUGAGACGCGAUUGCCUAGGCAUUUGCUGUCUUAUUCAGUGGGUGGACUGGACUGUGGAACAUUGUAUGAGUUCUCUUUGGCAGCCUACAAUAUGGUUGGUGAGGGGGAAGCAGGGCCCAUAACAGAAGUGUGGACCUUAGGAGACAAACCAAGUGCGCCUGUCAGCGCAGAUGCUAUUUCAAGCUCCUCUCAUGCUCUUACCCUACAUUUUGAGCGCUGGAAAGAUGGGGGAUGUCCCAUUUCACAUUUUGUUUUGGAACGUCAUACUGUGGAGCAAAACUGGAGCAUAGUAAUGGAGCGUGCUCCUCCGCUAGCCAGCUAUACAAUCUCAGGUCUUAAGCCAGCAACAUUUUACAGACUUCGUGUAACUGCGCACAAUAGACAUGGAGCGACUGUCACUGUGUUCCAAGCUUCUACACUCACAGACAAAGGUGUUAGCAUUGGUUCUGAAGAUGUGAGCUUGGAGGUUGGACCAGUGGAUAAUCCAUUUUAUAUGUACCUUCGUGUAAGUCUACCAAUCUCCGUGAGUCUCCUAGCACUGGUGCUAACCCUGACCACUGUUGCCAUCUGUCUCAGGAGAAAACCAGCAAGCUGCAGUGAUGUUGCUCUGUCUCGACGGGAUGGGAAUGCCCCUGUCAAACCAGAGUCCUACAGUGUGUUACCAAAACAUGAUGGGGAACCUCAUUUGUGUGGUACUGUCAUUGAACCUGAUGAUACGCCUCAAUAUGAUGAUGACAUUUAUCCGUAUGCCACAUUUCAAGCUUGGAAACCUACCAGUCAAGUGUCAAGUCAGAGGGGCUUUCAGACCUUUGUAUAUCAGGGGUCUGAUUCACCUGAUGUCAACAGUUAUGCUCCAGGGGAGGUUGAAGGUGAUGAAUAUUCACGUGUUCAUUCAUCAGUGCAAUCUGACGCGGAAGAGUACGACUCUCCAGGUUCAGACUCCGAUGGGCGUGCGGACAACAAAUCUGUCAGAUUUCAAUCAGCAUAUCUACAGAGCAACAUACGACACAGUCGCCUUGUCAGUGUUCUUGAGUCAUCAACCUCAAAUGAGGCUUCUCCUUCUCCUGAUAGAAGACUUCAUCUAAGCAAAAACUGCAUCAAAAGUCAUUCACCAAAGAAGAAGUUUGCUGACAAAGUCUGCAGCGAAACGAAGGAAACUGCUUUCACUUUCCCAACACCAGUUCAGACGCCUACUCGGACGCCAUGCAAACAGCAGGAAGAACGGUGCGAAACAGAAUGUGCUAUUGGUUCUCCUUUCAUGGCCCCCAUACAUUACAGGGUGUAAGUCAUCUUCAGUGCUACAUUCCAAUUUUGUCUUGAACAGGAGUGAGCGCAAACUUGUGGCUUGACAAUAGUAUAUGUGUGUGCAGAUCCAUAUAUAAUUAUUUGUAAGAUAUUAUAUAUUUAUUGACAUGUAUUUAUAUAACAAAAAUAUUGCUUAUAAGUUAAACAGUCAUAGUUGAUAUUAUAAAGGAGCAGAGUAAAAUAUGCAGAUAUUUUAUAUAUUUAUAUAUGUCUGAUUUGCUGUUAGACUGAUUUUAUGAAAUUAUUUCUACAGUGUGAUUCAGAAUACAAAUGGCCAGACUUUAAGAUUCUGUUAAAUGAAUAAUUUAGAGCAGAAAAUGUAAACAUUUGGCUGAGUUAUCAUAGCAGAGAGGACAAUAGACGACAUCCACAUCAGAGAUACAAGUAAAAUGCGAGGAUCUUUGUAGGUCUUGCAUGAUUUAAAGGUUAAUUUUCAAAAAAUGUGACAGGAUAUCAUAAUUGGACAACGGUGAUGAAUAGAGCAACUAUUUAUUUACAUUUUCUGUUCCAGAUUAUCUCACUAUCAGUCUCUGUAAAUUGAACAUAUGAAUUUGAAUCACCAUGUAUAUCCUGAACAAUAUUAAACAGCCCUGAAAUUAACACAAUUAAAAGGUCAGUAACAAAUUGGCAAAUUUUCUAGAUGAGGGCAUUAGUACAAUAAGGAAAAGAAAAAUAUUAAAAUAUAUUUAUUGUAUUUUUACAAUCAUAUUGAGAGUUGGUGUGUUGCAACUUUACAAUCAUACUGGCUGUUGGUGUGCUUGAGUGGCGGUCAUUGAGAUCAUCAGAAUUAGUUUCCAGAUGAAAAUAUAUAUAUACAGCGUGAUAUUAGCCAUUCAUUCUGUGAAUUUGCUCUGAAAUCAGACUGAUGACAAUCUGUUAUGUUGUAAGUACCAACUAUCAUGCAGAGUCCUUCUUGAGACUCUGAUUGGCACUCUGCAAAUUAAGAAAUUCACCAUCAUCUAUACAAUCUGAUGGUGCAUUACAAUUCACGAAAAGAAAACUACACUAUAAUAUACUGUAAGAAGUUAUUCCCUGAAAAAGGCAAGCCAGGACAAAAUAAUGCUGAAAUGUAAUUUCCAGCCUUAAAACCAGUUAUUGACAGUAAGGGAUCAGAUAUAUGUUUUCAGUACAUGCUCCUUGAAUGUAGCUUUUUAUAGCCAAUUUAUUAUUUGUGUGGGUCAGGUGAUUCUCUGUGGCCAAACUUGUAACUUCUUAAUAGUGAGGUUAUGUGACAAAUAUUAGUUGGGUGACAGAAUGUGUGCCUUCAGGCUUCAGCACGCUCACUGUGUGGAAAAGCGUGAACUACGACAGAGUACGUUAUAUGUUGAAGUAAAAAUAUAUGAAAACAGCAAAAGUAAAAUUACACAGUGAUGUUUAGUACUUGGAGUUAUAACGGACAUUUUUUGCGUCUUUUAUCACAAACACUUAAUGCUGGGCUGUGUGGCAACAUUUUGAUCAACCAGCUACAUGUAAGAGAACGUUACAACUUUUCAGUUAUAUUUUUCAUAUCAGCAAGAUAUUUACAUUUACCUCUUCUCAUACUUGCAAAUCAUGUAAUUGGUAUUGUGUAAAACAGUUUUAAGUUACUGCUUUCCUAAUUAUACUGCAGAAAAGUAAUUGGAUGUUAUGUAAGAAAUGUAUUUAAAAACAACAUGUGCACCAUGAUUCUUUAAAAAUUUUACCUCAAAGAUUUGUAUAUUUCUGAAAUGUAUUACAAAAGCAACCAAAAUUUUAUUUUUAGAUUUCUCUCAUUUUACAGUCCAGCAUAUUAAAGCAGCCAUUUUUUGUCAGUCGCCAAUGUUGACACUAAAGUGGGAAUGGUGGUUAAUUUAAUUUUUUAUGUUUGGAUAUAUUUUUAUUUAUUUAUUUAUUAAAUUCCCACAUGGUGUGAGAAAUUCUUUAAUUAGGAGAAAAGAGAAAGGAGAAUUGUGAAGUGUGUAUCCAUACUUAACAACUCUUAUUACAGUGCCAUCUUACGUAGAAUUCGUUGUUAGUAUAAUAAUUUUUUUGGAGAAAAAUACAUACCAGGAUUUAUAUAAAAUUGUCACAUUCA